AUGAACCUUUUCUCCAAGAUAGAUCCCCUAGAGGUUAUUGCUCAUUACCUUCAAGACCAGGCGUCUCAAGGUAUCGAUAUCUCAGAUUUCUCUGUGGGUUGGCUACUAGAAUAUCCACCCAACUUCAUGAAGAGGAUGAGAGAGCCCUCUGAGAGGAAGUCGAAGAAGAAGACUUUGAAGUUGGGAGAACCUUCAGUAACCAGAACGCCUGUGCCUCUGGACUCUUUUACCUCAACCUUACUUCUUAAUGAACCCAUUUCACCUCCCUCUUCAACUCCCUCAUCUCCACCAUACUACGACCUUUCCUCUGACGCUGAUCAGCCAAAUACUCCUGACCCUUCAUCUCCAACCUUGGCUCAACUCCAAGACACAUCAACCUCUGAACAGACCUUGUCUGUCCCAGAAACCUAUGAACCUACACCAUCUUUAUCCGCACCUUCUUCAGCACCCUCAUUAACCCUACCAACUUCUGAACCUCCCACUGAACCUUUUGAUACCACCCCAAUUCCCUCUAACCCCAUUAAUCCAACAUCUGAACCCGAACCAACCUUCCUAACCCUGGAAGAGUCAUUUGCUUUAUUUUCAGAAUGCUCAAUUGUGAAGCUCAGAACACUGUCUGAACAAUCCAGUCUAAGUGAUAAUCCUUCUGAAAGACUAAAGGCACGUCUGGCCAAGGAAGUUGAAGAGAAAGCACGCCGAGAAGCUGAAGAAAAGGCUAGGCUGGAAGCUGAAGAGAAGGCGAGAAAGGAAGCCGAAGAAAAAGUUGUCGCUUCUGCUAAAGCUGAUGCUGAAGAAGCAUCACACAUUGCUGCAGAGGAAGCUGCUAAGUCUACUGAAGUUGCUCUGACUCGAGGUGAGUCAUCAACAUCUGACAUCACUAUGUUGGUGCUCUAG